CAUCAGUGCCAUUUGGCCGCUUGUCCUCCUCACGGUUGCAUCCUGUCCUCAUCCCCACCCAUCGCCAUCACAUCUUCGCUGGCGCGCCGAGCACGAUGCUGUCAUCCUCGGCGCGGUACGAAUCGCCCAGCAGCUCGUCGACAUCAAGAGCGACGAGUCGCCAGGGCAUGACAACGACGUCGGCCACGACGGAGACUGGCUCAUCCAUGAUGGAGACGCCAGACCCCAUCGUCUCAUCGCCUUCAUCGUCACAUGCUCAGAUACCCAAGCAAGACUCAGCAUUCCUGUCGCCUCAGGAGGGCAGCGGCGGCACCUCUGAGUCUGGACCAUCCUCUGACAGAGGUGCUCAGCCAUUCACUUUCCCUGGCGGCAAUGGCAGUAAAGAGAAACAGUCUUCUCCAUCCUCAUCGUCGAAAAGCAAUGCCCACCAACAUCAGAUGAUGCGCUCCGCCUCCGAGACGCACUCUCGCUCGCAGCUCCCCACAAAUCAACGCUCGACCUCGUACGCAGGCCCCUCGUCGUCCGGCACUAACACACCACACAGUCGACAUCCCUCGCGCGAGUACAAAGAGACCCUUGAUGCCCGUGCCAAAGACGAGAAGGACGGCACCCGAAUCAUCAAUCAGUAUCACCUCACCCGCGUUAUUGGUCAGGGGGCCUACGGCGUCGUGUACCAAGGGUGUUUAAGGGACGACCCCCAACAUGUCUUUGCGGUAAAGGAAUUCAGCAAGACUAGACUCAAGAAGAGCAAGAGAUACGAAAAGAUGAGAAGACCACCACCCCCGCAGCAGCGAAGAGCGGGCAGUAGUUCCAACAGCAAUUCGACUUCCAAUUCUCACACAUCAACUCCAGCCACUCCUCGCGACCCUAUGGAACCCAUCCGACGCGAGAUUGCCAUCAUGAAGAAGCUCGACCACCCAAAUCUCGUCUCCAUCAUCGAAGCACUCGACGACCCGCGACGAGAUGAGCUCUACCUCGUUCUUGAGUACUGCUCAGGCGGUCCGAUUAUCGACGUGCAGCUUCACCAGCAAACCACUCCACUCGAGGAGGAAGUAGCCCAAAACUACUUUGUUCAGAUCCUGCUCGGCUUAGAGUUCCUGCAUCAUCAUGAUAUCAUUCAUAGGGAUAUCAAGCCGGACAAUGUGCUGCGAUGUGGAGGAGAGGAUGAAGAGGGCGCCGGCAAGGGAGGCAGGUGCAAAAUCGUCGACUUCGGCGUUAGCGAGAUGUUCAGCCCUGCGCAGGGAGUAGAUGCGGCAAGAGAUCCAGAAGACAGGCCAAAAGGUCAUGGCACACCUGCUUUUCUCAGUCCGGAGCUCUGCUCGGCCAACAAUAUGAAACAGCAACAAAGACGCCCCUCCGGAGGCUCACCGCACGACGAAGAUGUGGAUGGCGUCCCCGCCCGAGAGCGUAGCGGCCGAAGAGAUGACGUUUGGUCGCUUGGAGUCACGCUAUAUUGCAUGCUCGUGGGCCACCUGCCUUUCGACAAGGACAACUUCAUGGACCUUUACGACGCCAUCCGCACGCAAGAGCCGGAGUACCCUUCACAUCUCUCCUCCUCUUCUUCUUCCCUGCUCCGUUCUAUGCUCGAAAAAGAUCCAGCGAAGCGCAUUACGACGAUCGAGUCCGCCCGCGAACAGCCAUGGGUGACCGUAGAAGGACAUCAGCCAUUGGUAUCUGCGGCGCGCAACCUGGAGCAAGUAGUGCAGGAGGUAACAGAAGAGGAGAUCAAGGGAGCCAUUUGCCGCAUCACAAGCAUCUUCACUAUCGCGCGGGCGGUCAGCAAGUUCAAGAGGGCGCGCAGUCGCAGCUCGAUGAAUACCAAUUCGCCAGGUACGCAGAGCCCUCAGCUGCAGCAGGAGGGAGAUGGAGGAGCAGCAGCAGCAGGAGCCUUUGGGUCAGCAAUCGCUUCAGUGGUCUCGAGCCCAUACAGCAGCUUCUCCAUGAGCUCACCUACCGCAAUGGGCUCGCCGGUACAGCAGCGUAGGCGUAGCAGCCAGCAGGGUCAGCAGCAGCAUCGCACGGACAGCUCCAAGGCUUCGGAUGGAGGCGAAGGCAGUGGUACCGGAGGCCCCUUCAACAUGCUCACAAAUGCCCUCAGCUCCCUCUCGACGUCGGACGACGGGAGUGCGGUGCAAGAGCAGCAUGAAAAGGGUCAGGAGAAGGGCGCAUUUUCUGGCGAGAAGUCUUCGCAGCUUCCAACACAGCCUACCUUGACUGAGGAGCCCGAAGCGGAGAGUGCAGUUGCCUCUCCGGGGGGCGCUCGAGGGAAUGGGAAAGGCAAUGUCUCCAACGAAGAGUGCGAGAGCGAGAUCAGGGACGAAGCGAAGAGUCAUGACUCGAGCAAAUGUCAAGACCAGGGGGGAGAGCAGCAGCGCGAGUCAGGCAAAGGCAAGACCAAUGGAGAUGCUCAGCGGCCACAGCAAGACGAUUCUGUCGCCCAGUCUCUUGCUUCUGAUCCCUGUAAGAUCGCAUCAGACCCCAAUGUCGACCCAACUACAUCCUCCGUCGCCUCCAUCCUUUGCGACCUAGAGCAACGUCUGGAGCGCAAGAUGCAACGUGCCUGGCCGAGAGGCGCGGAGAUGUAUUUCGCUAAGGAGAAGGAGGGGAAAGGGCGAGCAUUGCAGAAGGCGGCGGCUGGUCGGCUGGAUGAUAUUGUGGGAAGUGGUGAGACGAGGGAAAGGCAGGAGGGGGAUGGGGAGCAGAAGAAGCGGGAGGAGGCUAGCACCACGCCCGCCAGUGUCACAAGCAGUGUCGCGGGUUUCUUCGAAGAAGCCUCACGUCGCCUUCCUUCCUGGCUUACGGGUUCUCAAUCCUCGCCAUCGCCACACAGCAAUGGUAAAGAAGGCGACGCCUCCUCGGGAGUGCGCAGCUCAGCCAGCGGCUCGCAUGCCAGCAGUGGGAACGGCAGCGGCAACGGAGAUGGUAAUGGGGCAAGAGACGAGCAAGGGAAGCUCAUCCGCCUCUUUACGCGUGAGGGCGAGCCCGUCGUGCGUAGCCCUGGUCCGGCACCUGCUAGUGUGGUGAUGGAGAUGAGGAAGCAGAUAGAGGAGGAUGUAUGAGAGGGCAGAGGGGCCAGGGAAGGAGGGGGCCGGGAGAAGCAGUCGAAGAUCUGUCGAGCUUUGCCAUUAAUUUUCGUGAUAUCCAGGAGAAGACGUGAGAGAUGAAGCACGCUGAGUGUGAUGAAAAGUGCGGUUGGCCUUGUUUGCCGUCUACUUGCCAGCCGGGGCACGCCA